GGAAAACAGGACAGUGCUGCGUCCGCACGUCAUAGGCCCUCUCUAGCCUCUAAACUUCUGGCCUCUUGGGCUGCUGUGCUUCAGGCCAUCGACACGUCACGCAGCACUCUAAUGCACCUUGUUGGUCCAAGUAUCCCGUCCGCGGUGGAGUGUGGACUCAUGCAUGAACGCUCCCUGGGGACGGCAGUCAAUCGCGUCCUGUCGGCGACCACAGAGCUUCGUAGCUUCCAUUAUGCCUUGGAUAUGCGCUAUCAACAUACCCAAUGUCCUUCGAGCACUCCGACCACAGCCGUUGAUCAGCAGUUCAUGUGCUUCGGUCCCCAAUGGGUGCCGGCUCGGUCCAAGGCUUCACGCGCCGAUCCAGCGGGCCCUCGGAUGGCACGAGCAGGAUCCAGUCCAUGGGGCCACCCUUUCCAGGCGUGUGCCAUGCCAUGCGGGCUACCUUUCGGCUGCUUGUCUUUUAAGUGGGCAGUCGUCGUUUGGCGCGGUAAUCAUUCCAACAAAGAAGUCCUCUCUUACACCAUCACUUCUCUGAACACCGCGGUCUGGAAAGGCACAGGUCUGACACCUUUCACACCGACGGCUGCGUGCUGCUCGCAACGCUGCCACGUUUCUCUUGUGAUUGACAACCACAAUGCAAAACGCAACACACACACACACACACUCGCUGCCACAGCUGAUAAACAAAAACCACACACGUUAUAAGAAUCUUUCCCUUGGGCCACAG